UAUGGUACCCGCGGAGGUUCUGCCGCCAAUGACUGAUCACGUGGGUGAUGCCAGGGCCAGGUUUUACUCGCGCGGCAGAGGCAGAAGAAGGAAGGUGGCCAUGCUGCGAAAACUUUCUGUAGAGCAGUUUAAUGACUGGUUUACCAUCGGCAAGGAUGUGACUGAUGUAAAAUUGCUGGGUUCAUGGUCGGAACCUGGCUCAGUGGCGGCUGGAGGCGAAGAAGCAGAGGAAAGUUUUAGGCGGUACCGAGGGGUGCAGUCUGAAAAUGCAUACGUUAAGGAGUUCAGACUGCUGGAGGAGCGAGAGCUUGAGAAGUACAAGAGUUGUUCUGCUAACACAGCACAUACAAGAAAAAUCUCAAAAAUUGAUGCACUAACAAUGCCGGAAUUGGACCCUAAAUAUCCAGAAUUGCCUAUACUAAAGAGCAGAGAAGAGUUAAUUACACUUAUCGAAAAUCAUUCAGUUGUGGUGAUACAUGGGGCAACUGGCAGUGGUAAAAGUACUCAAUUACCACAGUUCAUCCUGGAUUGUCUAAGGCAGCAUGGACAAUACUGUAAUAUUGUUGUUACUCAACCUCGAAAAAUAGCUGCACGAAGCAUUGCUACAUGGAUAAGUAAUCAACGGUGUUGGAGUCUUGGUGGCCGAGUUGGAUAUCAGGUGGGAUUGGAAAAGGUAGCAUCAGAGGAAACUCAAUUAAUUUAUAUGACAACCGGGGUCCUCCUGCAGAAGAUUGUUGCUGCUAAGAGUUUGCUGGAAUUCACACACAUUUUUAUAGAUGAAGUUCAUGAACGUACAGAGGAAAUGGACUUCUUACUAAUGGUGGUGCGCAAGCUCCUUUGUACAAACUCAAGAUUUGUGAAGGUGAUUUUAAUGUCUGCCACCAUCAACUGCAAAGAAUUUGCAGAUUAUUUUGCAGUCCCUGUGUUAAAUAAACUGACCCCAGCUUACAUUUUUGAGGUAGAAGGUAAACCUCAUGACAUUGAGGUGUUCUAUUUAGAUGACUUGAAGGACAUUCCACAGGCCAAGAUUGCUGAUCAUUUUUUUGACGAACCAUUAAUAAGUAAGGAGAUGUACGAAGUUGCAACAUCUUUGAUACAUUUAUUUGAUGAAAUGGAAAAGGAAGAAUUAAAGCAAGGAAGAAUGAGCCGUAAAGAUUAUAUUGAGUCCAACAGUGUCUUGGUUUUCUUGCCAGGUUUGAUGGAGAUCAAUUACAUGCAUGAACUUUUCACAAAUAUGGUACAGAAAAGAUUGCAUGUGUAUCCUCUUCAUUCAAGCAUCACUCUUGAUGAACAAAACCUUGUGUUUAUGCCUCCUGUUAUUGGAUAUAGAAAGGUCAUUUUGUCAACAAAUAUUGCUGAGAGCUCUAUAACCGUUCCAGAUGUAAAAUACGUUGUAGAUUUUUGCUUGACUAAAACCCUUGUUUGUGAUGAAGAAACCCACUAUCAGAGUCUGAGAUUGAGCUGGGCAUCAAAGAUAAAUUGUGAUCAGAGGAAAGGAAGAGCUGGGCGUGUUUCCAAGGGCUAUUGCUAUCGACUUGUUAAGAAAGAAUUUUGGAAAAACUUUAUACCUGAAAAUGUUAUCCCAGAGAUGCUGCGUAGCCCUUUGGGAAGCACAAUCUUAAAGGUGAAGCUCCUGGACAUGGGUGAGCCUAGAGCAUUGCUGGCAACUGCAUUGUCUCCUCCAAAUAUCACAGAUAUUGAACGAACUAUACUUUUACUUAAGGAGCUAGGAGCACUUGCAGUGAGUGGUAAACGAGAAGAUGAAAAUCCAUAUGAUGGAGAGCUCACUUUCUUGGGAAAAGUUCUUGCUCAAUUACCUGUGGAUUUACAGCUUGGAAAACUGAUUGUUCUUGGCCAUGUCUUUGGCUGCUUGGAGGAGUGCAUUAUUAUUGCUGCUGCACUUUCUCUAAAAAACUUUUUUGCUAUGCCUUUUAGGCAGCUUUUAGAUGGAUACAAGAGCAAACUUAGUUUUUCUGGCAGUAGCAGAAGUGACUGCAUUGCUCUUGUUGAUGCUUUUAAGUCUUGGCAGUGCUGCAAGGAGAGAGGCGAGCUUAGACUUUCCAAGGAUGAGCUGGAAUGGGGCAAGAAAUAUUAUUUACAGAUCAAGAGAAUCAGAGAGGUGUCUGCUUUGUGCGAAGAAUUGAAAAAAAGAAUUGCUCACUUUAAUAUGCAUGUUACGCAGAAGCCAGCCAGAGAUCCGGAUUACAAUUUUAAACAACGGUUUAUUCUUCAGGUUGUUAUGGCUGGUGCUUUUUAUCCAAAUUAUUUCACUUUUGGGCAAGCUGAUGAAAGAACUGCUGUACGUGACCUGGCUGCAAAAGACCCCAGAACCACUGUUGUGCUUAAGAAUGUCCCAAAUUAUGGAUUUUUGUACUAUAAGGAAAUACAGUCUCUCUUCAGACAGUGUGGGCAAGUGAAAUCAAUUUUAUUUGAUGGCUCAAGAGCAUUUGUUGAGUUUUCUCGGAAGCCAACUGAAAGGUUUAACACUCUUACAGCAGUGUACUUGGCACUUAAGAUGGCACAGUUAAAAACACCUCUUGCACUGAAUGCUCAUCCCACUGAAGAAAUAGAGAAGGCUGAUGAAACCAUCACCAGUUUGAAACUAUCAAGAAUAAAUGUGGACUGCCAAACACAGACAUUUGAAUCAAUACAUGUGUCCCAGUCAAUGGAAAAAGCAUUAGAGACAUUGAAUGGCCUUAUAUUAUCUGUAACUGUCACUGAGGUUGUGGAAGUUGGCCAUUUUUGGGGAUUCAGGAUUGAUGCGAAAAGUAUGAGCGUUUUGGGAGAGCUAGGAACAAUGAUCAGUGAGCAGCAGUUGGUGCCCCUUACUGCAAGACCACACUCAAACAUGAUGUGCUUAGCGCCAUUUAAAAACAUGGAUAGUGAAAGUUAUUACAGAGCUCAGAUCUUGUACAUUUCUGGAGGUACUGCUAUGGUUUUUUUUGUUGAUUAUGGUAACAAAUCAAAAGUGGAAUUCACUGUCUUAAGGGAGAUUCCUGAAAAGCUUUUAGAGCUUCCUUUUCAGGCACUCGAGUUCAAGAUUUGCAAGAUGCGUCCUUCUGCAAAGUCUUUGAUUUGUGGGGAGCAGUGGUGUCGCAGUGCUAGUGAGAGGUUUGAUGCCUUGGUUAAUGGAUGUUCCCUUAUGGUGAAGGUUUAUUCAAUAGUUCAUGGCACUCUUCACGUUGAUGUGUAUCAACAUUUUGAAAAUCUUGAGGAAAAAAGCAUAAGAGAUUUGCUUAUUGCUGACGGAUAUGCAGAGCCAGCUGAAGAGUCAUAUGAAUCCAAUUGCACUGAAAGGUUUCAAGCACAUGCCUUCCUAUACCUGUUGUACUGGACAGCAUUGCCAACUGAUGUCAGACAGGGCUUUAAAACAGAGCAAAGCAAUGAAGUUUUGAAGGAUCUCUUCCUGGCAACAGAUAGUGGUAGUAAAAAGACAUACAAGCUAGGUUUUGGAAAGGGAGGUGAAAAGGCUCUGAUUGAGAAGAUGAUAGAAAAAUGCAUUCAUAAUAGACCCAGGAUCCAACAGUGUAAGACUGUCCUACAUGGUCCAUUUAAUCCCUAUGAAGUCAAAUUUCAUAGCAUGAUGAGAGUUUCCAAAUUCAGAUCAGUUUGGAUAGAAAAAGAAAGCAUUAACUCAGUGGUACUUAAUGAAGCUCCAGAAGCACCUCAACAGAGAAUGUUUGUUGCUGCAACUAUUUCCGUAAAUGCAUCUGGUUCUGUGAUAAUGCUACGUGAGACAUCUUUGCUACCUCCUAUUCCUGGAUUGCCAGCACUUAUCAGCAUGUUGUUUGCUCCAGUAAUUGAAUUGAGAGUUGAUGACGCUAGAAAACAUUAUACAGGUGUACUGUGUGGUUUGGGUUGGCACCAUGAAAGUGGCACUCCAAUAUGGCCUGAACAUGAUAUUGAGCUAGCUUUUGAUGUUCAUUUCUCUGUGGAUGACCUGGUGAAGAUUAAUCUUCUAAGAUCAACAAUAAACAAGGUCUUCCAUCAGAACUAUACUGAUUCUCUAAACUCCUCAAAUGAGCGACCUGCAUUUUUUCAAGAGGAUAUUCGCGAAAAGCUUCUGAAUUUAAUUCAAAAGGAUAAACCUCGAGAGGUGAUAACUGCAAAGUGGUAUGACAAACUGUAUCAAUGGGAUCAGGUAGAUCCAAAGUGGCUCAUUGACCAGUCUGACAGGACAGACGAAGAAAGGAAAGCUGAUGUUUAUCAGUUGCACACCUUCAUAAUGCUCAAUCCUUAGAAUGCAGAACACUUCUUCACCAGCAUCUUUCUCAAUAUGUCUGUUGACUUUUUUUUUUUUGUUUGUUUUUGUUUUAUGCAAAAUGUCAUCAGGGAUCAGCUUCCAGCAUAAUUUGUUGUAGACUUUACAAGAUUUCUAAAUAUUCUGAAUGUGAAAUUUAACAUUUGGGGUUUUAUUGUAAGUAUUGUCAAGCGUAUCUUGUUUAUUAUGUGCCUACAUGCACUGCAGCUGCUGCUAGUUUCACAUUUAAAUAUACAAAAUGGCAGCUCUUUUUUGUUUAUUUUGAGAAUUGGAUUGUUUCAAAUUUGAUUGUAACUCCAGUUGCUAAUAAAUAGUUCUUAUCAUCUGUA